AUGGCAACCAUGGACUGGCAGACGCCACUGUCUGCGUCCCUCGGUCUGCUCUCGACCGCCGCCGUCCACCUGUUUGCAGCCCUGUACUGGGCCUUGGCGUGGAUCUCCCUCAACGUCGUGGCCAUCAUACCCACAUACCUCUACCGCGCCGUCGCCGUGAUCGCGACACCCUUGACGUAUCCGCUGUAUUAUCUCUGGAGGCUCGUCGCUUUUAUCCUGUCCCCGUUUUGGGUCCUGUGCAGUGCAUGCGUGGGAACCGUGUCCUGGGCUCUUGAUUUGGCUGUCAGGUUCAAGUACCUUUACAUCUUUUUUGCCACUGCGGCUCUUGUAGGAAUCUUGACUGCCUGCCUAUUACACGGCACCAGCAACUUGAUCUUUUCUCUACUCAACAUUGCGCCCUCGUCGUCAUCGUCUUCUUACUCUCGGUCCUCUUCUUCUUAUGAGAAGGCCCAGCUACGGCUCCAGGUCAUGGAUCCCUUGGAGGGCGGCGGCGACUACUACGAUUCCGCGCCAAAAGAAGAGGAAGACGAUGACGGUGAUGCCUCGUCGUCAUCGACUGACUUUGACAACUUGCUGUCCGAACCUGCUUCACGCCGCAUCCGAGCUGAUCAUCCAGUGAAUAACAAACUCCUCGAGCAAGCUUAUCGGCAAGCCAGGAGCACGCGCUUGAGUCCCAUUAAGCCAAGCAGAAGGUUCAGGGGGCUUCUGGCACAGACAAUUCAUGAAGAGAGUAGCGAGUCUGAAUAG